AUGGUUGUGACAUUUACAGAACUUGAACUUGAGCUCUGGCAGAUCCCCAAACUCUGUGAUAAGUCUGCAGAUCACCCUGUCAAGGCAUCUGGAUUUCUCAUUGUGUUUGAUGAUACAGUGUGCAUGCUGAUGCAGGCUGCAAAGCACCAUAUGGAGAAAUCACCUGAAGUCAUUAUCCCUACAAUGAGGUCCUCUUGGCACCUCAAACAUGAAUCGGUGAUUGCAGAUUAUAUCAACUGGGAGCCAAAUCUCAAGGCUGUAUCUUCUCACACCAUCUGGUGCUCUUCCGGCAAAUACUCCUCUGCCUGUCUGAACAAUGACUGUGCAGAGCUACCACCAGCCGAAGAUCGCCAGAAGAGAACCACCUGUUGGUGCCGGAGCCUCGUGCUGGUGUGCGUGCUGGCCGCGCUGUGCUUCGCUUCCCUGGCCCUGGUCCGCCGCUACCUGCAGCACCUCCUGCUCUGGGUGGAGAGCCUCGACUCGCUGCUGGGGGUCUUGCUGUUCGUCGUGGGCUUCAUCGUGGUUUCGUUCCCCUGCGGCUGGGGCUAUAUCGUGCUCAACGUGGCCGCCGGUUACCUGUACGGCUUCGUGCUGGGCAUGGGACUGAUGGUGGUGGGCGUCCUCAUCGGCACCUUCAUCGCGCAUGUGGUCUGCAAGCGGCUGCUCACUACCUGGGUGGCCGCCAGGAUCCAGAGCAGCGAGAAGCUGAGCGCCGUUAUUCGCGUCGUGGAGGGAGGAAGCGGCCUGAAAGUGGUGGCGCUGGCCAGACUGACCCCCAUACCUUUUGGGCUUCAGAAUGCAGUGUUCUCGAUUACUGAUCUCUCCUUACCCAACUAUCUGAUGGCAUCUUCGGUUGGACUGCUUCCUACCCAGCUUCUGAAUUCUUACUUGGGUACCACCCUGCGGACAAUGGAAGAUGUCAUUGCAGAACAGAGUGUUAGUGGAUAUUUUGUUUUUUGUUUACAGAUUAUUAUAAGUAUAGGCCUCAUGUUUUAUGUAGUUCAUCGAGCUCAAGUGGAAUUGAAUGCAGCUAUUGUAGCUUGUGAAAUGGAACUGAAAACCUCUCUGGUUAAAGGCAAUCAACCAAAUACCAGUGGCUCUUCAUUCUACAACAAGAGGACCCUCACAUUUUCUGGAGGUGGAAUCAAUAUUGUGUGACUCUAAUGAAAUGUGUGAUUGUCAAGAGCUAGUGUGCUGUCCAAGGUCUAGUGGUCACCUUACCAGCGGGCAGAGACAAGUUCUAAUUGUAUUAUGGCACAAACAAAACUGACUAGUUUUUAAAUUGCACAGUUUUUUUAAAGGAAGAAUCAUUUUUUGGAUAUGUAAUUGUAAAUGUAGAUGCAAAUUUGGGCUGCACCUCUUUAUCAUUUAUUACGCCCACAGUGGCCCAUAGGUCUGCACUUUAGUGUUUUUUAAUUGUUUUCUUUCUGGGUACUUAAGAACAGAGAAAUAACCCAAAUAUUUUUCUGCUUAGUGUCUUUAUUUAUAAAGUCCAUGAAUAGUUGUAAGCAUCUUCCCUACUUAUAAUGAUGAGUAAAAGUAAGUAAUUUUAAAUGUAUGAUAUUAUUUAGAUGUUCUGUGUCCUUUUCAGAAAAGAUAGUUUUUUUUUGUUUUGUUUUUUGUUUUAAGUGGGACCACUUUGCUUCCCUUUUCCUUACUAGUUAGAAAAUAGACAUUAACUUUUGGUUGAAUGUAUUUUUGCAAGCAUCAUUGCAGGACCAUUUACACCUUUUCACACAAGCUUAAAUCCUACAUUGUGGGACUGAAGUGCUCUUAAGAUACCUUUUUAUUUUCACUGUGGAAUAUGCAAAGCAAAAGGGAAAUUAUUUAAUGGGCGGUGGCUCAAAUUAGAACCCAUGUUCUAAUUCCAUUACAUUGGCUUUACUCUCGUUAGAUCUUUCAUCAAAGGGCUGUCCCGUUGCAGUCUUACUAAAAAGUUUUAGUAAAAUAAACUUCCUUUUCUUUUUAUAUUCCUCAUUAGGCUUUGAGAUAAAGAUCUAUUCCUUUAAAAUGAUGGACUUAACCAUCAUUGACGAUGUCACUCAGGUGGCCUUGUUUCAUCAAAUAGCCUUUAAAAAAAAAACAAGCUUUAAAAUCAUGUUUAUAAGUCCACUGAAUUGCAUAUAUAUGUCCCCAUAGUCUUCAGCUUUAAAACUAUAAAUAUAAUGUUAACUUAAUGCCCGAAUUUGUAUUAUUUGCCCUACUAUAAAGUAGGUUUAUUUUGUUUGUUUUUUGGUACUUGUUUUUCUCUGAUAAGACUCAGGAAUUCUGAAAUGUGAAAUUAAGUCUCAAUUCUUUCUCUUGUAGCAUGAAUUGAGUGUAUUUAUUAAUAGCACUUAGGGAUAUAUCAUACAAUAAUUUGGCAUAUGAUUCAUAUGACGUAUGUAUUACCCAUCUAUCACCUUAUGUUUUUAAAAUGGUUUAAUUGUGAACUUGAUGACUAGUUUUUUUACAACCCAGAUUAUAAAUAUGAAUGCAAAUUUUCUGGUUGGUAUCUCUUUUUUGGCUAUGAAUAUUCCACCUUAUCAGAGACCUCCCAUUUGCCUUUUCAUUAGGGUAAAACCUUUGCCCUGAUUUACUAAAGUGCAAAAGAAUUCUUUGGGAGCACAUUUUUCUAGUCUGAUGCUAUAGACACAUUGCAUUUGAUUUUAAUUCAUAAGUUUUUUUCCCCUAUUGCAGUUACAAUUGAUUUCCUUUCCUUCAUCAUGUUUAAGUUUUCUCACCUUUGGGUAACAGAGAAGUUCAUUUAUUGAUUUCCAUACCAAGACCUCAGUGCAAAUGAUCCAAGAGGCACCUGGGUCUACAGUACUUAAUUGGCCUCCAAAUCCUUCUUUCUUUCACUGGUAGAAAAAAAUAUAUAGUCCUAGAAUAUUCGUAUUCUUUUUUUUAAUCCUAAUUACUUGUUUUUAUUUUUUAAAAUAAUUUUAGUUUAAUAAUCCCGAUGAACAAUAUGCUUGAUUUAUUCUUUUCUGUCUAACUUGACAAUAUUUUUCUUGUGCUUCGUGUUUGUUGGUAAGUUUUUGUUAAAGGAAUCAUUUAAGAUCACUACUCUCAGACUUAUGUUACACUUCAUGUAUUUUGAAGUGCAUUUAUUUACUUAGCAUUUUGUAACUUGAAUAAUUUCACCAAAUGAAUACCUUUUAGUAGUUUGUAAUGAGUUCUUCCAGUUGUUGCAUUUUGCUUCAUACUUAAAAUAAGUAUGUAAAGGUAGAAGAGAAAUAAUUUUUCUGUAUUCUGCCAAUCAUAAUUUUAUAUAAUAAAAUCAUCCAUUUUCUACUUAAAAUAGUAUGGAUUUACUAUUUCUAAAAUACUAAUCUAAAGCUGCAAUUUUCCUUUGCUGCUUUAUUUUUGGCCUCCCAAGUAAACAACAAUCCAUUAUAUUUAUGCUGUUUGAUAGCUGAAUUUGGUUACUGGGUUUUAGAUGUGCUCUCUAUAAAUUGUAUGAAGCAUUGCCAUGCCUUAUUCACUCCAUCUUUAACCCUGCAUCCCAGAUUUAUGGCAGCAACAAAUUUAACAGGAUCCUUGUACGUUGCCCAAAUGAUGCCUCCAGUUCUAGAGUGUGUAUUUGUAAAAGAAAAUGUUUUGAUUUUUCAAACUGCAGUAUAAAGUUGCUUUAUGAACAUUUUAAAAAGUAUACAACAUACCUAAUUUCUCAAUCUCAUUGAAAGAUAUGUUCUAUUUUUAAUUCUUUGGGCCUUUCCCUUAGUUUUCCAUAGUUUUUUGGUUUAUUGUUAAUGAUUUGUUUACUCUUUGCCAAAUUUUGUCAUGUAAAGUAUCUUUAAACAGCACAUCUUUUUAAAAACAUGUACAUAAUAAUUUACUAAGUGCUUUCAUGUCCAUUUUCAUUUGAUCAUCUGAUUUGUGAAAUAACUUGAAAUCUGUACUCUUUGGUUUAUGAAGAUAAUAGAACCAAAUCUCUGUCAUUA